UCAAUCCAUUCGCAUUUGGAAUAGAAAAUACACGGCAUUUGUCUUGGAACGAAAAGCGCUGGCGAUGGAUGUAGACUACACUCUGGGUAUCGUUGGCUCUCGUCGAAGGAUCCAGCGAACGCUGAUCAGCUGCUGCGAGCAUCUGCUCGAAAUGGCCCUGAUUUUCACCUACGAAAGUGCUCAAUUCCUGCGCCGUUUGUGGCUGGGAAGCGGUGGUCAAGAAAGCACGCAAGAAUCUUCUUCUGGCGAUGGCUUCGAAUGGAAUCGACCAUAUCUCAAGAGAUCCGUAGCCCCGAGAUCUCGGAAUUCAGGUGGCGAAGGGGAUUAUAUAAGGGGAGAGGAUACAAAAAUCAUCUCCCAACUUCCUCGACUUGUGAGCGUUGCCUGCGGCUUUGCCAAGGAUCAGGCCGUUUAUCCUCAAUACAAUCGUGGGAAAUUCGGUGAGGAUGCCUGGUUCAUCACCUCCACUCCACACGCCCACAUAAUGGGCGUGGCCGACGGGGUGGGCGGCUGGCGGAGCUAUGGCGUCGAUCCCGGUGAGUUCAGCUCCUUCCUCAUGCGAUCCUGCGAGCGUUUGUCGCGAUCUCCCGACUUUCUUCCCCAAAGACCCGAUUUGCUGCUGGCCAGCGGCUAUCGCGAUCUUUUGGGCCAGAAAUGCCCCAUCGUGGGCAGCUGUACCGCCUGCAUUCUGUCGCUGAAUCGAAGGAAUAGCACUCUGUAUACCGCCAAUAUCGGCGACAGUGGCUUCCUGGUGGUGCGUUCCGGUGCGGUGGUCUGUCGAUCGCGGGAACAGCAGCAUCACUUCAACACGCCCUAUCAAUUGUCCUCGCCGCCGCCGGGUCAUGAGCUCAACGUCCUGUCCGAUGGCCCGGAAUCGGCGGACAGCCAGCACUUUCCCGUCCAACCGGGCGACGUCAUCCUGCUGGCCACCGAUGGGGUGUACGAUAAUGUGCCGGAAAGUUUUCUUAUAGAGAUCCUCAGCGAAAUGGCGGGCAUUUCGGAGGCCGUGCGGCUGCAGAUGGCCGCCAAUGCGGUGGCCCUGAUGGCCCGAACCCUCAGCCAGAAUCCGAAUCACGACUCGCCUUUCAGUCAGAAUGCCCGGAGGCUCAAUAUCGAGGCGUCGGGCGGAAAGCCGGAUGAUAUUACUGUCCUUCUGGCCUCGGUUGUCUAG